GAAGAUGAAGCUGUCCAGUGCCAUCCCUUGGGUCUUGCUGCUCAGCACAGCCACAGUGGAUUCAUUAGACUGGCUCCCCCGGAAUACUAACUGCGGGGGAAUCCUCAAAGAAGAGUCUGGAGUGAUCGCCACCUAUUACGGACCGGAAACUAACUGUGUCUGGACUAUCCAGAUGCCACAAGAGUACCAAGUUAGGGUGACUAUCCAGAACCUCCACCUCAAUUGUGAUAAAGAGUCCCUGGAGAUUAUAGAUGGGCUGCCAGGAUCUUCUGUCUUAGGGAAGAUUUGUGAAGGUUCACUCCUGGACUAUAGAUCUUCUGCCAAUAUCAUGACUGUCAAGUACAUCAGAAAGCCUGACCACCCAACUUCUUCCUAUGAAGUGUUAUACUUUCAGGAUCCACAAGCUUAGUGAUCUCUGCUCAGGCUUGAGUGGACAAAUGUUGCAAAAGAGAACAACAUUCCUUGAAGACCCUCUGGAAUCAGCUGCCCACAAGGAGAGGCAUCUUCUGAUCACCUGUCUAAUCACACCUGCUGCUCUCACCCUGUCACCUCCAUCCUUUCCAGCUCCCAGUCUCCUAACUGCAGAAAGAUUCCUUAUUAUUGGGCUUUAGAUUGUUGCCAGUCUUGUGGUUAGUUCCUUCUAUUUAUCACUAUAAUCAUUUUGAAUAAAGUCUCUUUACC